AUGAAAAAUGAGUGUAUAAGCAACUCGAAGGUGAAUGAAAUGAAUGUUGGGAAUAGAGAUAGAGUAGAGGAAAGAAACGAAGAGGUAAAGAGCACAACUAAUGAUUAUAUAUAA